AUGGCUUGGUUGUCAUGGAUGUGCCUCCUCUUCAUGCUCUUUAAUACUUGUUCAUCAGCUAACUCUUCCUCUUCUCUGUCUUCAAGGCAUUUAUGCCAUCCUGACGAUAGCUUUGCUUUGCUUCAAUUCAAGAACUCCUUCUAUUCUAGUAGGACUAUUUUUUGGGAGAAAGGCAAGGAUUGUUGCGAAUGGAGGGGAGUCACUUGUGGAAAGGUGACUGGUCAUGUGAUCGGUCUCAACCUUGGUCUUAGUGGCCUUCAAGGCAAUAUCCAUUCCAAUUGCAGCUUAUUCUUUCUUCGCCAUCUCGAGAGGUUAGACCUCUCGGAUAAUGAUUUCAGAGGUUCCCCAAUUUCGUCCAAGUUUGGUGGAUUUGAAAGUUUGACUUACCUUGACCUCUCUUUCUCUAAUUUCAACGGGCCAGUCCCCCCCGAAAUUUCCCACCUUUCCAACUUAGUUUCACUCAAUCUCUCGCUACCUAAUGUGAGACUAGAUACUCUUAGCUUCAACAGAAUUGUAAAAAACCUAACCAAUCUUAGGGAGCUUAAUCUAUACACUGUUGACAUGUCAUCAGUUGUACUUGAUUCCUUCAAGAAUUUGUCUUCUUCUUUGAACACUCUUAGACUCUCCAGGUGCAACUUGCAAGGAAAAUUUCCAGAAAGCAUUUUUCGCCGACCAAACCUUCGAUUAUUAUAUUUAGGUUAUAACCGUAAUCUCACAGGUUAUUUCCCCAAGUCUAACUGGAGCGGUCCACUUGAAACCUUGCGGCUCUCUUAUACUAGAAUCUCAGUAGAUUGGCAUCAUCUGACAAGAAAUUUCAAGUCUUUGAGAGAUUUGUCUCUCAGAAAUUGCAGUUUUGUAGGACCAUAUCCUGCAUUACCUGGUAACCUCACACAAAUCAUGCAGUUGGACCUCUCACAUAACGGUUUCGGAGGCCAAAUUCCAUGGUCGCUUCUGAAGCUUGAGAGACUCACUAACUUGGAUCUUAGUGGAAACAAUUAUGUCGGUCAAUUUCCAGAAGUUGAUAGAAACUCGACAUCGAUCUCUUCUUUGUAUGAUUUUUCAGAAAAACAACAGGUGGUUCCUAUUCCUCGACACUUAACCGAGCUCGAUUUAUAUGAGAACUUACUCAACGGAACAAUACCAUCUUGGUUAGGUAGUUUGCCAUCAUUGGAGGUUCUUAGCGUGGCAAGCAACCAACUCAGCGGUGACAUCAUUGAAUUCCAAACUAGUCAUUCUUUGACACUGCUUGAUUUCAGUGAUAACAAGCUGCAUGGCCUGAUUCCAAGAUCAAUCUUUGAACUUGAGAAGGUUACAGAGAUUGAUCUAUCAUCCAAUAACUUGAGUGGCAUUGUAGAGUUGGAAAAGUUUUCAAAACUCCAAAGUCUUUCUUACCUUAAUCUUUCCUCUAACCAUCUAUCCUUGAGUUUCCACCAUUUGAGUAACAACACUUGGCCUCAACUUUCGAUCCUAGCUUUGUCGUCUUGCAACAUAAGUGAGUUCCCAUACUUUCUAAGAGCCUCACAAAACUUGGAGACAUUAGACCUUUCCCACAACAAAAUUCAAGGUGAGGUUCCCAAAUGGUUGUCGGAUGUGGCUAAAGAUUCAUUGAGGCAAUUGGAUCUUUCUUACAACUUUUUCACAGGUGCUGUAAGACAGUUUCGAUGGAAAAACCUUCGAUAUCUUAACCUUGGCAGCAAUUCGCUCCAAGGAGAGCUUCCAAUUCCACCACCUUCCACAAUUUUCUUUUUCAUAUCAAACAACCAAUUGACUGGAGAGAUGCCUCCAACCAUUUGCAGCUUGAGUAGACUUCAAAUCCUUGAUUUGUCUAAUAAUAAAUUGAGUGGUAAAAUUCAUCAAUGCUUAGGAAACUUCAGUCAAAGCCUCUCCGUUUUGGAUUUGAGGAAGAAUAAAUUUGAUGGCAUGAUUCCUAUGACAUUUUCUAAGGGAAACGUUUUGAGAAAUCUUGGCCUUGAUGGAAAUCAAUUGGAAGGACCCUUGCCACCAUCUUUGCUCACAUGUAGAGAUUUGGAAGUUCUAGACGUGGGAAACAACAAAAUUCAUGACACCUUCCCUAAUUGGCUGGAAUCUCUUCCCAAGUUGCAAGUUCUUAUCUUGAGGUCUAACAAAUUCCAUGGUGCAAUAGGAAAUCCGAAAUCUAAGUUUCCAUUCCAAAAAUUGCGCAUCAUGGACCUCUCCCACAAUCUGUUUAGCGGUCUUUUGCCAACAAAAUAUUUUGAAAAUUUAGCUGCCAUGAUAAACUCACAAGAGCAUGAAUUGAAAUAUAUGGGAGAGGGCUACUAUCACGACACUGUGGUGGUGACAAUUAAAGGCUUCGAAAUUGAAAUGGUGAAGAUCCAAACUUUCUUCACAAGUAUAGAUUUCUCAAACAACAGUUUUAUAGGAGAGAUUUCAAAUGUAAUCGGUAAGCUUAAAUCAUUGAAGGGGCUUAACUUUUCAAAUAAUGAGCUUACAGGUACAAUUCCACCCUCAUUUGGCGAAUUGAGCAAUCUUGAAUGGUUAGAUCUCUCUUCAAAUGGACUUGUUGGUGAGAUUCCGGGGCAAUUGACAAAGUUGACAUCACUAUCAAAGUUCAACGUUUCAGAAAACCAACUUGUGGGGUCCAUACCUCAUGGCAAGCAAUUUGAUACAUUUGAAAAUGAUUCAUAUAGUGGAAAUACAGGAUUGUGUGGAUUGCCACUUUCUAAAACAUGUGGUGCACAUCAAUCACCACCAUCAUCAUUCGGACAAGAGGGUGACUUGGAGCAUGGGAAUGGUUUUGUUUGGAAGGUAGUGUUGAUGGGGUAUGCAUCUGGGGUGGUAAUUGGAAUAUCUGUGGGAUAUCUUGUACUCUCUAACGGAAAACCAAAUUGGCUUGUGAAAGUGGUACGAAGAAAGCAACGUCGUAGAACUGUGGAAAUCACACAACGACGUGCUUGA